UCUUAUAAAAAAGAAGGUGGGCAACAGCAAGUGUUCGAACCAGACCUCACUUCACUCUUCACUUCCGAAUCCACAGCUCAACCGCAGCCGCAGCAGCCUCCACGAACAUGGAGCUGUGCACCACCAUCACAGCUCGACCCAUCUCUAAUUUCCACAACCACCACCACACACACACACUCCCCACUACUCAUUUCCGCUCCAACCCUUCUUUCUCUGUUAGAAAAUCAAUACUCUCUCCCACAACCGCUGGCCUACGCUCCCGGCCGCUUUAUUUUACCAAUACAUUUCCAAGAGCAGCGUCAUCUGAAGAAACAUCAGGUGGGGCAAACAGGUAUGUGGCUGAAGAACGCGACAGAGUGAUAACGUUGGAUGAUGUUCCAGUUUCACCAGCUGAGAAUAAGACAUUAAGUGAAAACGGAGCUACAGAAGUGCCUAAAAAAGGUCCUCCUGCCGAGGAGAACCAAACAGUGUCACUUGAGUUUUUGGAUCAGCUUAAUAUAAAGUUUGAUUCGUUCGAUACAUCUACCAUUCUUCUAUAUGGUGGCGGUGCUUUGGUUGCCCUGUGGUUAUCAUCAGUCUUUGUAGGCGCUAUUGAUUCUAUUCCAUUGUUUCCCAAGUUGAUGGAAAUCGUGGGUCUUGGCUACACAUUCUGGUUCAGCUAUCGCUAUCUGAUCUUUAAGAAAAAUAGGGAAGAGUUGGCUGUUAAAAUUGAAGAGCUUAAACAACAGGUUCUUGGUUUUGAUGAUGAUUGAUGUGGCAGAGUCACUUUAUCUUGGUUUGUUUGCCUUGCAAGAGUGUAAUCAGUGUAGAGUUUAUACAUAUUUUCUAGUUAAGGCCAUAUAUUUUCUUUUUCUUCUUUCACUGAAGAUUUGGAUUGUAGUUUUAUUUUUGAUGAGCAAGUAAAUAUAUUUACUUAUUGUUCUCUCA